CGGCGAUGACGGCGCGCAUAACGAAAGUGAUGGCGGGCGUUUUUGUUUUAGGAUCAAGACAUUCCUCAUUCACCACCGAUCAUCUCGUCCAUCACUCAUUUCUUGCUACCUCUGUCGACAUCUCACCCAUCUUUCUCCAUCACAAUUCAUCGCUUGACAUACGAACCAGUCAUCUGCGUCACAGACAUUGAUGCGCCCCUCAACAGCUAUCUCAAUUCUGACGGAUUGACGUGUUCAAGUGACUCCUGAGAUAUCUCGUGGCACCCCAUAUAUCAACCAAUCUUCCCCCCGAAUACUCUUGAAUUCUGCACUUCCUGCUCUUUCACGAUUGCAGAGUAUCGAUGGCUGAUUCCAAGACUCAUCUUACGGCCCAUCCGUCCCCAGCAAAGACUUUUACUCCGAAAAAGUGCAGUUAUCCACGUACCAUUUAUUUUCUGUCAUUCUUUCCCGCCUCUAGGAUGAUUAGUGACUGGCGACCAAUAACCGAAAUGGGCAACAUAAUGAGAAUGGGAAAGGAGUGGCAAGUAGGAACAUGUAAGUUACCCGAAUCAACUCAUGCAUCACACAUCGUUCUUCAACCACCUAUCCCUUCAUGAUCAGUAGCCAUCGUGUUGUGGGUCACAGUGUGCGGUCUCAUUGUAGCUUGAAACUAGUUAAAAUUGCCGAACGAGCUUUGACCUCCUGGGGUAUUUUUGAUGAACCUUUUUUGGAAAGUUCUGCGCAACAGCGCUGAAGCCGCGCCCUCAAGAUAGUCUGACGCGAUAUCAUCCAGCAGAGCUAUCCUAAAGGACCCUUGCCGGUCUAGCGCGGAGAGAAGGUGGUUGAUUCAUCUUCUUGCCUCUUCUGGAAAUGUCCAGCCACUUGCCCAGCUAUAUAAUCCCCUUUCUCCUUCCUCCCCUUCGCCCCUCAUCCUGCCUCUUCCUUCCCUCCUCUAUAUCGCCACCCGCUUGCCUUACAAUGUCUUCCCAGCUUGCUUCUUCACCUAUUUGUUAUAUUCCUUCUCAAUCAUCUACUUUGACAUCUACGUCUACGAACACUACCCCUUCUCCUUCCGUGGAUGACUCUAUUGCUACCUCGCACUCUGAUGCCGUAUCCAAAGAUCACGAAAAGGACAUCCCGCCAUCCUUGCCCCACAAUACUGCUAGGUCAUUUGGUGCAGGCUGGAAUUCAUCGCCCGUCAUUCCAUCAUCGAAGAAACUCGAACAUCAUUGCCUAUCACCACACAUCGACGGUAUUAUGCCCACGCGUACGCGUUCACCCAGUCUUCCUGUUCUUCCCUCUCAAUCGACCAUCUACCAACCUCAACCUCAUCCUUGCUUCCAAGAGCUUCCAGACUACAGUCUCUACACUUCCGCUGCUAUCAGCUUUCCUAACCCUUCUCAAGAGAUUGGUUUUGUUGCUGGCUUGCAUCAUCAGCCUUCUCUUUCCCCUGUUGUUUUUGACUAUGACGAUCAUCGAUACAGUCCGACACGUCUAGUUUCUACGCAAAGGUCUCUGCUUAGGCAAUCUACUCCAAACCUUCAUAGCAAAAGAUCAGAGCUUACAGCGCGUCGAUCGUGUAGGUCUGUAAGGUUCGACAUCGAUGAAGAUGACGCGUCAGAAGGAUCAUCUACUAAGGGAUUAUCGAACAACAUGCUCGUGCUUCCACGUACCGGUGAAGGAAGAAACGUGUUCAUUCACCGUGUCAGUCAUACACUCACAGAUGACGAACUUCAUAAAAUCGCCAUAUCAUUUGGCGAAAUUGUAUCUGUGAAAGUUCAGAAUCGCGUUGCCAAACCGCAUGCUUUCGUUAUGUUCAAAAAACCUGAACAAGCUCAACGUUUCAUAGCUCAUCUCAAAUCUCGGGACAUCGACUGCGAGUUUGGCAAAGAGGAUUAUCAGGUUCAAAACAAAGCACUUGAAGACCCCAACUCUGCCAACCUGUACAUUUCUGGUCUCCCAACUGACAUCACUUUUGAUGAACUGGCCGAUCUUGUCGCACCUGGACGUAUUUGCUCUUGGAAACCCCUUAUGGAUGAGCUUGGUAAUCGACGGGGCCCUGUAAUGGCCCGCCUUCAGACUCGACCACAGGCAGAUGAUGCAAUUAGAAAGUUGAGCAACAAAUAUUACCCUGGCAUGAGUGAGCUGCUGCAAGUCAGGAUUGCAGACUCCGACGUAAGUGUCAUAUUCGAGCAAAAACAUUUCAAGAGAUAUCAAAUGCGAGAGCGCCUUCCUCCUAACCCUGACCCUGUCCUUUUGCGCCGUCGUGCGAGCAUGCCUGCGGAGGAUAUUGCGCAUGAUGUUGAUGACCUGUCUAUACUUCUUCAAAGACAAACACUUCUUACAACUCAGCUAAACACUAUCAACGAGAAGCUUGCCCGAUCGGCGCACGGCACUCCUCAUCCUUCCCUUCCUCCUGUUAGACUUUCAUCCAUUCAUACGGUCCCUUUUCCUUCUUCCCCCAUCACUGAGGAUAUAGAUUGCCCCGUCCUAUCACCAACCAACUCCUCAUACCGUGGUCGCCUGUCUUCGACUGUUUCCAGCCACAUACACUCAACCGAUUCAAUCUGGGCAUCCCCGUCUAGGAUGAUGACUGAGCCCAUGUGGCUUGAUGGUUGGCCAAUCAAAUCAAGAUUGGGGGAUAUAAUGAUGAGAGAGUCCGACUCUCAACUGCCUAAAAGGCUUCAGCGCCAUGAUGGGACAGUGAAGAGUCAAGGCGAAGUUAACCUUCACUACGUCAAAUCGUCGCCUGAGCUGGGUGUCAACCUAAACGGUGUGUUGGGUAGAAGAACGUCAAACAACUAAGAUCGCCUUGGUGCCACCUUCUUUCACCUUGCGUCCUUUUCUUUAAUUUCUUCUUUCCCUAUUUGGAUACAAAAGAAUAACGAUACCCAUAUCUACCUGACAUUGUCGCAGACCUACUAUCACAGCCACUGCUCAUCUCUACGACAUUUACCAAUUAUAUUUUACCAUCGUCAGACAGAUCUACACCAUAACAUACCCAUGCUUCUACAUAGCCUCCUAUUCCUUUUAACUGUGGCUACUCAAAUAACAAAUUAUAGCUUAUAGUACCAUGUAGCUCCAUCCAGCCAAAGUAAACAAGUAUCUUUUAUGCCACCAGCUUUUUACAUACAUGUUCAUCGCAACGACGAACCUUUGUAAAAUAGUUUAGUCAAGUAAGGCCAUAGGCAAUAAUGCACCUGUAUGCAUUUCAUGUUUUCG